AUGGCCCUGCCCAAGUCGACCGCACCGACAGGAGAGGAAGGCGCCCCGAAGAAGAAGAAGGCGCCACCACCGCCAUCCGGCGCCCCACCAAAAUCCGCGGCGGCGGCGCUGCGGGCAAAGGCCGGCCCGCCGUCGAGUCCACCCCCCAAAGGAGUCAAUGCGGCGGUGCAGAAGAUCCGAGCUGGCAGUGCUGGAGAAACCAAAGCCGGAGACGAGAAUGCACCGCCCAAGCCCAAGAAGAAGGUGCCACCGCCAUCCGCGGCCGCACCAAGCACGCCACGGACCAACAACGACGUGCGUGGGUCAGAAGAAAAAGACCAACUCAUGAGCGCUCGUCCGCCUAGUGCGGACUCGAGUGGAGGCGUGCCGUCGACCGCGCCGCCGAAACCCAAGAAGAAACCUCCGCCAAAGGACGUUCUGAACGACAUGGCGAUGCCUCCACGCGCCGUCGAAGCCAAAGACCCGCUUGCUCAAGCUGCGGUCGACAAUCGAAGCAAUGUUCAACACAUUGUCGCGUCGGAGAAGAAAGCGAUCUUGGAAACCAUCCAAGGCAAACCACGCAAGACGACGACCGAGCUGCUCCAGGAAGACGCAGCGUUCAAGCGGAACACCACGGCGAUGACGGACGAAGGUCCAUCCUCGUCGCUAAAGGCCAUGUACUCGAGCGUGAGCUCCAACACGGCGGGAAAAGCAGCGCCGCAGUCCAUGACGAUGCGGCGCGAACACGCCGAAGAAGAGUUGACCGUGCGCAAAGCUGUCGUAGUCAAGAAAAACGUCGCCGAUGCCAAAGCUGCAGCCGCCUUGUCCCACGACGACCUGGACGACUCGAUGGACGACAUCGAAGAUAUCCCGAUCUUGGAAACGAUGGCGGCCGACGCAAAGGGCGACGACGACCCGGAAAUCGUCAUGGAGAAAGCACCAUGCGACGAUAAAGUCGGGGCGAAACAUGGUAUCGAUGACGACGACCGCAGCGACGCUGUCCUUGACAACAACAGCCACAACGCCCCGAUUCCCGCAACAAAAGCCGCGUUGGCGGAUGCGCUGUACCACGAGAUGAAGCAGCUGGAAACACUGGGCAAGGCGACAGUCACCACGUCUGCAUCGAAUGCGAAUGACGGCGACAACGACGGAAAGGAGGCCAAACAACCGCAGCACGAACCUUCUGACAGCGGCGACGCCAAGGACGAGGCCAAACCGCUAGAGCCGAAGAAGCGGUCCAAGAAAUCCAAACAGCACGCCGAGGACAAGAAAAAGUCGUUUGAGUACUUCAAUCCCAAGCGCGUGCCGUACGUCCCAAACCAGCUCCUCAAUUUCAUCACGAAGCCGCUCGAGGUCGGCCGCGGCCACAUUGUGCGAUGCUUCAUCGAGCGCAAUCGAAGCGGGCAAAACAAGCUGUCGCCGCUGUACUCGUUGAUGCUCGAGGUGAGCAGCGCCACGGGCCGCCCGCUGAUGUACGCGCGGAAGAAGCCCACGUCGCGCAUUUCGUCGCAUUACAUCUUUAGCCUGAACAAGGACGACCUCUUCUUGUCCAGGUCGUUGCGAAGCAAGCAGUUUGUCGGCAAGCUCCGCAGCGACACGCGAAAGAUGGAGUACACGUUGUUUGAUCAAGGCGACAACCCCGAAGAUAUCGACUCGGAUUGUGAAAUCGACGACGAAGUUCGCCAGCACAUUCGCGCGCAAAUGGCGACCAUCCGAUACCACCCCACGAAGAAGGAAUUCCUGCGCAAGAUGGAAGUGAUCGUACCGGCAAUCGUCGAGCACGAGUCGGGGGACGAAACCACGCUGUCGUACUUGGACUGGCGCCCGAUUUCGAAAGACCAGACGCUGGAAGCGCUGUUCACGGAGGUUGCCGAGCAGGGCGGUCAAAACGUGCUCGAACGAGACAAGUUUACGUGCUUGCACAAGCGGGAAUCGCAGUACGACCCGCUGAGUUCGUGCAUUGUCGACUUUCGAAGCCGGGCGACGAGCACCUCGAUCAAGAACUUUCAGCUCGUGCAUUCGCAACCGACGGACCAGGAAAAGUAUCGACAGGCGUACAUCCAAGCACAUCCGACGUACCAUUACGACGACGAGAGCACGGUGAGCGUCCCACAGGAGCAUAUCAUCCUGCAGAUGGGCCGCGUCGGCAUGAACUGCUUCAACAUGGACUUCCAGUACCCGCUGUCCAUGCUGCAAGCGUUUGCGAUCUGCAUCUCGCGCUUCGACACCAAGCAAAAGUGA